GGUUUAUAUUCAUUUUGGAAAGUUAGAUUUUUAAGACAGUAGCCUAUAAUCUACUCACAUUCAGAUAGACCAAACAACGGAUUUAGAAAUGAAUUUUUAAAUCUCUUUCAAGUGGCAAAUUCGUUUUACUUCAGUCUCAUGGAAGCCUUUCAGAGCGUAAUCCAAAAACAUCCCUCUGGAAUCUCUCAAAUAACUUUACUAAUCCUAAUUUGCACACGAGAAGAUACGCGGACGUCACAGAAUCUGAACCUAAAGGUCAUGAAGGGUCAGCUAAAGACUAAACUGAAAGAAAAGGUAAAAUAACACUCUGAAAAGAAUUAUGAAGUCCUCAUGAAAAAACGCAAACACAAUCGUAUCGAUUAUCCCUGUUAAUUCCUGCUGUUUAGGCUGAAUCUCUUAAUUCAACUAUAACGAGCAUGGAUUUAACUUUGAUGCAUUGCCUGGAAACGUAAGAAGUUUAACGGAAUCAGCAAAAAUUAGACAAUUAGCAAGAGCUAUACAUACGCAAUAUUUUUGUCAUUUUUCUAUUUUUUUCCCCAAUAGUUUGGAAUAUUAUUCCUAUUUUCAUUUAAUCUAAUUCAUUAGCCUUUCUAACCCGCAUGUAAACGUAGCCUAUACUUCAGCGGAUCCUAUUACUAAAUUGAAGCAUGUAGCUAUAAAUUCUUCAAAACGCUAAAUCUGAACGCUAUAAAUAACAUUUGUCGUUUGAUCCAGUAGAUAAUGAUGUCAGUAAUCCUUGAGCUUUAUCAGCCACUACUGUAGCCUAUCAAACCAUUUCAUGCUGCUCUUAAAAUUGAGUUUUAAGGCACAACCUUAGAGAUGCCAUCCCGAUUUCAUAUUAAUUCACUCCAACUGUUAGCACGCAGGGAGCUCUUCCCAGCUAUUUGUCCUGGAGGAGCCCAGGGUGCCCUUUUGAUCAUUUCAAUCUCUCUCUGGUACAAUAGUUCUGAUUGGCUGAACGAGUAAGAAAAGGGAAAAUCUUUAAUUAAGCAUAUAAUCUCUUGUUGGGAUGAGAGGAGCUCCAUUUCAGAACCCCCUUGGCUCACACAUGAGACCCCCAGCCUCUGAAUUCUGGAUGUAGGUUAUAUAGAGCUCUUGCAGACCCCUCUGCUUUCCAAGGUGAAGAAAAGUCUGCCAGUCGUCUGUCUCAGGAUGUUCAUGCAUUUGGAGGUUUAUUAUUACGCUUUCAUCCUAAUGGCUCACAUGAAGUCUUGCUGCAGUUGGUCAGUGAAUAAUUUCCUGAUGACUGGCCCAAAGGCCUACUUGAUCUACUCCAGCAGUGUGGCUGCAGGAGCUCAAAGUGGGAUUGAAGAGUGCAAGUAUCAGUUUGCGUGGGACCGCUGGAACUGCCCGGAGAGGGCUCUUCAACUCUCCGCCCACAGUGGACUCAGAAGCGCAAACAGAGAGACAGCAUUUUUCCAUGCCAUCAGCUCUGCUGGAGUCAUGUAUACCCUCACCAGGAAUUGCAGCCUCGGUGACUUUGACAACUGUGGAUGUGAUGACACCAGGAACGGCCAACGAGGUGGUCAGGGAUGGCUAUGGGGAGGCUGCAGCGAUAAUGUUGGAUUCGGGGAGGCCAUCUCCAAGCAGUUUGUGGAUGCACUGGAAACCGGACAGGAUGCACGAGCCGCCAUGAACCUGCACAACAACGAAGUAGGACGCAAGGCAGUGAAAGGAACCAUGCAGAGGACGUGCAAGUGCCAUGGAGUGUCUGGCAGCUGCACCACUCAGACCUGCUGGCUGCAGUUGCCCGAGUUUCGAGAGGUGGGCAACUACCUAAAGGAGAAAUAUCACAGAGCCGUGAAGGUGGACCUGUUGCGUGGCGCAGGCAACAGCGCAGCCAGCCGUGGCGCGAUCGCUGAGACCUUCAGCUCGAUCUCGCGCAAAGAGUUGGUGCACUUGGAGGAUUCCCCCGACUACUGCUUGGAGAACCGCACUCUGGGCUUGCCGGGAACAGAGGGCCGUGAGUGCUUGAGGAAGGGCAAGAAUCUGAGCAAAUGGGAGAAGCGUAGCUGCAAGCGGCUGUGUGGAGAGUGUGGUCUGGCUGUGGAGGAACGCAGGGCUGAGACUGUGUCCAGCUGCAACUGCAAAUUCCACUGGUGUUGCGCUGUAAAAUGUGAGCAGUGCCGCAAAACUGUCACAAAGUACUACUGUGUGAAGAGAACCAAACGGGUCAAGAACGAUAGUGCCAGUCGAAGGAAAAGCUAUCGGCUGAAAAAGAAGCACUAGAGAUGCCAUGAACUGUUUGAUACAGUGGUCCAGACGUUUGUGUCUCAGAAUACAUCCUGAGCUUGAGAAUAAAGUGAACGCAAAGGUCCAUUUGAAUGCUUUAAUGAACACCUUCACUCUUAAGAAAUAAAGGUUCUUAAUUGGAAUCUAUGGUUCCAUGAAGAACCUUUAACAUCCAUGGAAAUUUUCCAUUCCAUUUUUAACAUGUUCUUCAUACCAACAAAAAAGGGUUCUUUUAAGAACUGUUCACUGAAAAGUUCUUUGGGGAACCAAAAUGAUUCUUCUAUGGAAUUGGAACCUUUAUUUUUUAAGAGUUUGUAGAUCUCCACAGCUGUUACUUUGAACACAUUGAUCUGUAGUAUUCACUUAAGCAUUUCACAAUUAUUCAUUUGUAAGAUAGCACUGAACACCGCAUCUAACCGAUAUAUAGCACAAUAGACUGUAAAUAACCUUUUCAUUCACCAACGAGGAUGUACUUUGAUGGAUAAUUUAUUGGAAUGAUGAUUUUUAAAGGGGUUUUGAAUUCACUAUCAGGCCACUUCUCCAGCUGCCAUAAGAAUCAUUUCUUGCCUAUGUUUUCUUGUCUGUUUCCAUCUGCUUUAGAAUUCUGACAAUAGUUUUACCCUGAUACUGUAUAUGAACUGUAAAUAAGAGGAAGCACUUUGUAUAUUGUUAAUUUAUUGCACAGAUACUAUAGUGCUGUUUUUCUAUGAUAGUUUCUUUCUAUGUGUUUUUUUUUCCAAUUUCAUAAUUAAAGAUACGUAAUAUUAUCUUUUGUUUUCAUUCAUUUAGGUUUGCUGAAUGCAUGUCAAUUAACUGAGUUUUGUAGUAAAACAUCCUCUGCUCAUUUCUUGUGCUUGGAAAAAUAAAUGUGCUUUAUAAUAAUGACAUUUUAAGUGUUAAAAAAUGAAAGACCAUAUCAUAAAUCCCAGUCCCACACAAUGUAAAAUCAAAUGAUUUACCGUAGACCGUUGGUCAGACCUAAUGAUUUCUUUGUCUUUGGCAUAUAUAACCCUUUUCUUUCUGUAUUCUUCAGCUUGAUGUCACAUAACCCUGGGGCAGAGAGACAAUGAGAGAGAGCAUUUAAUUAUAGUCUUCCUUCCUUCACGCCUCUCUCAAUUUCUUCUUCACAAAUGCCUCCUUUUCUGUCUUAGUAAUCCUCAAAGCACUCCCGAUGCUUUGCUCUUGGAUGUUUCUUUACUGUUUAAGACUAGUUUAAUUAACUUUGUAGAGACAGAGGGAAAACAUGAACCAAGUCGCCUCACAAAUCAUCUAGCAUCUAAUUUUGUAUGCUAAUCUCCUUUUUCAUCCUGCCAUCUCGGGAGAAAAAAAAAUGUUGGGAAAACUUCAUGUAGCCUGUGUUGGGCUUCCUGUGGAUGCUUUAUUCCAGGCCCACCUAUUUGGCUCUUUUCAGUCCUCUAGGGCCUUCCUUUGCUCGAUUUAACAAUGAAUGGCGAGCUAAUCAGCUCCCUCGGAAAUGCACUGCUGCUGAAGAUGCUAAUCCCCCUCUCCUCCUCCUUCAAUGGGCUGUCGCCUUCAAAAGGACUUUGGGAAAAGGCUUUGCAUGGAUUCACACUGUUUGCUGAAUAGAAGUUAGUUCAAGUAUUGUACCCAAACAAGUAGGGUUUAUAAACAAAUACUUGCCAGCUACCAUCUCAUCGGUGAAAGUGCCAGCCCUACAGUAAAACACAGUGACAAAACCGUGGCCCUUUAAAUGUUGACAAAAAAAAAAAAAAAAAAAAACUAAUUAAAACACCAUUUAUUGAUGAUGGCUUGUUCUGCUGUGCUUCUGUGGUUUCACUGAAGCACCUCAUUGACAUCUUAUUAACGAAAUCAAGAUCAAAAAUAAAAACUCCCCUUG